AUCACCGUAUUUAUCAGGUUUUACGGUAAACGUUGCUAUGGGAGACGUGGUGGUUUCUUGGCUCACAUGGACGCUUUUACACCGCGUUUGACUCGAAUUAGUUCGGCUCAGAGUGACCCAUCUGUCUCAAAACUAGCAGCACUGAAUAUCAGGUACUGUAUUAGUUUUGUUCCAACAUCUAGAGCAGAAGCUGGCGUUUCAGAAGCGUCUUUUCAGGCUAGCUAGCCAGUUAGCAGUUCUGAGGUGUUUUUGAGGUCGUAGUGAGCUACACUAAGCUCAGUAGAGGUGCACGUGAUGCAGACAGAUAUCGUCAUCAUCAUCAUCAUCAUCAUCAUCAUCAUCAUCAACAACAACAACAACAACAACAGUGGAGCUCCCUUGAUUCAAACUGCUGUAGAUUUGAAAAGCGACCUGUUAUCAGUGUUCCUGUUUCUAAAGCAUUGCUGUGUGGAAAGUAGGAGUCAGGUAGAGAUUACAGAGGACACACAAGAGGUCUGAGUGAAAUUAAACCUUAAUCCUCAGCGAGACCUUUUUUCAGCUGCCUGUGUAACAGAUUUUGUGCUUAACAAAGAUGGUGACUGGCCGUGAGACAUUAGUGAUCAGCGUAGAGACAUCCUGGUUUCCUCUCCAUCCGAUCACCAUCUUGCGACGGUGAAGCAGCCAAGGAUGACCCCAUGACACUUUCCAUCACGUCUACCUAGAACUGGAUUACCACCGGAGAGAUUCCAGCUAAAUGACAACGCUUUAUCAAAUAUGACUCAGUGGGACAAAGAACGGCUGAAGGAAGAGUUCUUUCAUCACUGGCUCGCACCUUCUCUCCAAUCUAGUGAGCACCUUUAGACAUAAUCGUUUGAGUUUCCAGGCUCGUUUCUGUCGUUGUGUCACAUCUGGGAGAAGCAGGACUACGCUGAUUACAAGUUAAAGGACAAGCUGUAAAUCGCAGCGUGAGGCAACGCUGAACUCCGAGAUGCUCCAGACCAAUAACUACUCGCUGGUGCUUCUGAUCCAGCUUUCUCUUCUGGCCUUCGACCUGUUUGUCAACUCUUUCUGCGAACUUCUGAGGACAGCUCCGGUCAUCCAACUCGUGCUGUUCAUAAUCCAGGACAUCGCCAUCCUCUUCAACGUCAUCAUCAUCCUGCUGAUGAUGUUCAACACGUACGUGUUCCAGGUGGGACUUCUGUCUCUGCUGUUGGAGAGGUUCAGAGCUCUGCUCAUCCUGUCUGCUGUCUACCUCACACUCAGCAUCUGUCUUCACUGCUGGCUCAUGAAUCUGAGGUGGAUGGAGUCGAAUCGUUUCGUCUGGACGGACGGCUUGCAGGUGCUCUUUGUGUUCCAGAGACUAGCUGCAGUUUUGUAUUACUACUUGUACAAGCGCAGCACCGAGUAUCUCGGAGAUCCGAGACUGUACGAGGACUGUCCCUGGCUGCGGGAUGCUUUUGCUCGAGCUCGCUUAUGAUCCCGGCCUGAGGAAGAACACAGAAACUACAGCAGGUUCAGGACGGAGAUAGAGGACUGGUUUGUAGUCUACAGUAAAAACGUGGAUUCAACACUGAUGAAGUGGAGAAAACAAAACUACUGUACCAGUACCGGUACAGGAAAGGAACCAAGAGACUCGUAUGUAGAGCACAAGUAGACACUAAACUGUACAAACAAGAAGCGCACCAAACAAACAUAAUCCACACGUUUUCAAAAUGUGUUUGAAACUAUGUAUUUUAAACGUAAUGUAUAGAAUAAUUAGUUCCGUGUUACUAUUAGUUAGGUUAAAGGGGUUUUUUUAGGCCAUUUGGCAUUUUGAAUAUUGACUCUGCACCAAAUAAGAGGCAUAGUUUUAAAACUGUUAUGCGCUGGUCUCACAGUCCUGCGUGAUAAGCUCUACCGUAUAAGGCGAUGUUAUACUCUAUUGUAGGUAAGUAUUUUUAUAAGAUUUUGUAUCGCUUUGGUUUACUGACAGAAAUAAUGAUUAAAUCCUGAUUGGAUAACUGGUGAUGAGUGAAAUUGAUUUGGUGAUUUAGUCAGUGAAAUUGAUUGUGUUGAUGUCAUUUACUCAUUUUUU